AUGAACGUUCUGCCGUCUUCAACCGGCAACGACCCCAUUUUUGAGGAUCUUGAGGGCACCACCGACAUCUCCGGAUCUCAUGCUGGUGACGCCAUCUCAGAUACUUCACCAUCAAGGGAUUUCCCGAGCAGAUCGAAUAGUGGCGAAGCUGAAAAAUCAGGAGCCAGGCGUAGGGUUUCCCGAAGGACGAGUCAGGGUGGGAAAAUUAAGAAGAGAGAACACAAGAAGCCAAAAGAGAUCGAGGUCAUACGGCCUCCGAACUUUUGGAAUGUCUACUGCGCCAUCGUCACCUUUUGGUGUCCUGAUUUCGUCCUAAAGUGUUUUGGCAAGUCGUCAAAAGCACAAGCAAGGGCCUGGAGAGAGAAAAUGGGCCUGAUCAGCAUUAUUUUGUUCAUCAUGGGUGUCGUUGGUUUCCUGACAUUCGGAUUCACACAAGCUGUUUGCAGUACACCCCCGUUGAAGCUGCGAGUCAACAAAGUGGACACUGGUUACAUGAUUUUCCAUGGCACCGCCUACGACCUGACUAACUCCCACCAUCCUGCUGCUGAAGGAAUCCCGAAACGUCUUGAUGGAUCCGGCGCGAACGUACUUUACGACUUGCCUGAGAAACACGGCGGCCAAGACGGCAGCUUCCUCUUCCAAAACGUCAAUGGCAAAUGCAAGGGACUCAUCACCCUGGCAGAGGGCUCCGACGUUCCGACAGAUUCAGACGAUAACUUGGCAUGGUAUUUCCCGUGCAAGCCUUUCAACCAGGACGGGUCGACUGAACCCAACAAGACUUUUGAAUACUACCUCGGCUACGCAUGUCAUACCACAGUCGCGUCUCGCGAUACUUUCUAUCUGCAAUUGAACGGCGCUGCUGAUGUUUAUUUCACUUGGGAUGAUAUCAAGAACAGCUCUCGUAACCUCAUAGUGUAUUCCGGCAACGUCCUUGACCUAAACUUGUUGAACUGGUUCAACGACAGCCAGGUCGCUUAUCCUGAUCGUUUCAAGGAAUUGAGGGACACAAGCACAGCUGCCAACCAGGCAAUUCGCGGCCGCGAUAUUACGCAUUCUUUCCAGUCUUCUGAAGAUAAACAUCUGGCUCAGUGUUUGGAACAAAUCGUCAAGGUUGGAACAGUGGACUCAGAGACCGUUGGUUGUAUUGCAUCCAAGGUUGUCCUCUACCUGUCCCUUGUUCUCAUCCUGUCGAUCGUGGUGGCCCGCUUUGUGCUGGCCUUGGUCUUCCAAUGGUUCAUCAGUAAGACAUAUGCCGCCGCUAAGACUUCACAAACGGCCGAUAAGAGGAAGCGUAACCGUCAGAUCGAGGACUGGACUGAGGAUAUCUACCGUGCUCCGCCUCGAUUCCCUGGGGAUGUGGGUAGCAGUGUUGCUGGUGCAUCUUCAGACCGCACAAGCAAGCGUGCUAGUACAUUCUUGCCUACCACGUCUCGGUUCUCAGCUGUCUAUGGUUCAGAGAGGAACUCUCGACGACCUGGAAUGCCUACGACCAUGGCAAGCCAGGCGUCUGGCGCGCAACUCCUCCAUCCCAACUCAAUGUACCCUCAAGGCAACGAUAGUCGAAGCAGUUUCUUGCGGUCUGACCCAUAUGCCGCUAGCACUGCCAGCCCAACUGAUGGACCCGGCCCAGCUGGCUUCAUCCAUGAAGCCGUCGUGCCUCAACCUCCCUCGGAUUGGAUGCCGUUUGGUUUCCCUCUGGCUCAUUCCAUCUGUCUUGUUACCGCCUACUCUGAGGGUGAACUUGGUAUACGCACUACCCUUGAUUCGAUCGCCAUGACAGAUUAUCCCAAUAGCCACAAGGUCAUCCUAGUUAUUUGCGACGGUAUCAUCAAGGGCAAGGGUGAGAGUAUGUCUACUCCUGAUUACGUGCUUGGCAUGAUGAAGGACCAUACAAUUCUUCCCGAAGAGGUCGAGGCUUUCUCUUAUGUGGCCGUGGCCAGUGGUUCCAAGCGUCACAACAUGGCCAAGAUCUAUGCUGGAUUUUAUGACUACGGCGCUAAGUCCGCCAUUCCCCUUGAGAAGCAGCAGAGGGUGCCGAUGAUGGUUGUCGUCAAGUGUGGCACACCCGAUGAGCAUACCAAGUCGAAGCCUGGAAACCGAGGCAAGCGUGACAGUCAGAUCAUCCUCAUGUCCUUCCUCCAGAAGGUGAUGUUCGACGAGCGCAUGACGGAACUGGAAUACGAGAUGUUCAAUGGCUUGUGGAAGGUCACUGGAAUAUCGCCGGAUUUCUACGAAACUGUUCUCAUGGUGGACGCCGAUACCAAGGUUUUCCCGGACAGUCUCACUCACAUGAUCUCUGCAAUGGUCAAGGAUCCUGAGAUCAUGGGUCUUUGCGGUGAGACAAAGAUCGCCAACAAACGCCAGAGCUGGGUUUCCGCCAUUCAGGUGUUCGAAUAUUUCAUCUCUCACCAUCAAUCGAAGUCUUUCGAGUCUGUUUUCGGUGGUGUUACUUGUCUUCCUGGCUGUUUCUGCAUGUACCGCAUCAAGGCGCCAAAGGGUGCACAGAACUACUGGGUUCCUAUUCUCGCGAAUCCCGACGUUGUUGAGCACUACUCGGAGAAUGUCGUCGAUACCCUGCAUAAAAAGAACCUGCUGCUCCUCGGUGAGGAUCGUUACCUAACGACUCUUAUGCUCCGCACUUUCCCCAAGCGUAAGCAAGUUUUCGUGCCCCAGGCGGUGUGCAAGACCACGGUCCCAGAUACCUUUAGUGUUUUGCUGUCCCAGAGACGACGAUGGAUCAACUCAACCAUUCACAACCUGAUGGAGCUGGUCCUUGUGCGAGAUCUCUGUGGUACCUUCUGUUUCAGUAUGCAGUUUGUCAUCUUCAUCGACUUGAUCGGUACACUUGUGCUGCCAGCUGCAAUCGCGUUCACAUUCUAUGUUGUUAUCAUCUCAAUUGUCAAUUCUCCGCCACAGAUCAUUCCCCUUGUUCUGCUUGGACUGAUCCUGGGUCUGCCUGCUGUCUUGAUCGUAGUGACUGCGCACUCCUGGUCUUAUGUGGUCUGGAUGCUCAUUUACUUGAUCUCUCUCCCUAUCUGGAACUUUGUCCUCCCGAUGUACGCUUUCUGGAAGUUCGAUGACUUCUCCUGGGGCGACACGAGGAAGACUGCUGGAGAAAAGACGAAGAAGGCCGGCAUAGAGUACGAGGGCGAGUUUGACAGCAGCAAGAUUACGAUGAAGAGAUGGGCUGAGUUUGAGCGUGACCGAAGGACGAGAGCCCAGUACUGGGGCUCUCGAGAGAGUGUUGUUGGCGGCCACCACAGCAAUAGCAGCCAAGUGUGGUCGAUGCCACCUGGACACCAGCACUACGACGAGUAUUAUUCGGAUGCUUAG